CACAGUGUCAAGUUUCAAAGCUGCCCUGUGUCAUGGGUGGCUUUUCCUCUGAUUUUCUUGUUCGCCAAUUGGUUUCUCAGUUUCUCUCAAAACUCUCCAUGGCUCCUAUACUUUUCCUGCUCCUCUUCGUUUCCUGGUUCAUCCCGGGACAUGCUCAUCCUUCACCGACCCACCAAUACUUCACAUCUGCGGUUGUAUCCCAAAAGGGUCUUGAUUACCUCAAAGAUUUGCUCAUAGAUAAAGCAAUUUCUUCUAUGAUUCCGAUCAACUUGCCUAAAUCUGAGAAAACUGUCAAAAUACCAUUUGUGGGAAACGUUCAUAUGGUGCUAUCCAACACUACCAUAUACCAAGUUGAUGUUGCUUCCUCAAAUGUCAAGCCGGGCGAUUCUGGUGUUGCUAUUGUUGCUUCAGGCACUACCUGUAACUUGAACAUGGAUUGGGGUUAUUCAUAUAGUACUUGGCUUGUUCCAGCUGAAAUUUCUGAUCGAGGACGGGCUUCUGUUCAGGUCGAUGGCAUGGAAGUUGGACUCACGUUAGGAUUGGAGAUUCAAGAAGGUACUCUAAAAUUAUUUCUUGUGGAGUGUGGUUGUUCUGUUCAAGAUAUAUCUAUAAAGUUGGAUGGAGGAGCGUCUUGGCUUUAUCAAGGGUUCGUUGAUGCAUUUGAAGAACAAAUAAGUUCUGCUGUUGAGAAGGCGAUUUGUAAGAAACUAGGAAAUGGAAUCUUAAAGGUUGAUUCCUUUUUGCAUUCACUUCCGAAAGAAGUUCAGGUGGAUGAUAAUGCUUCUUAUGAUGUUACUUUUGUGGAAAACCCCACCCUUAGUAACUCCUCGAUUGGUUUAAAGAUCAAUGGUCUGUUUAGGGCCAGAGAACUUCUCCCAAUACCUGAGUACCACUUUGAAAAUUCACCUUCAGCUUCCUGUACAGAUCCUUCUAAAAUGUUUGGAAUAACACUAGAUGAAGCAGUCUUUAACUCUGCUUUGGCCCUAUACUACAAUGCAGAUUUUAUGCAGUGGAGCUUGAAUGAAGUGCCAGACCAGCCACUUCUAAAUACUGCUGGAUGGAGAUCUAUUGUUCCCCAACUGUACAAGAAAUUUCCUGAUGCUGACAUGAGCUUGAAUAUCUCUUUACCUUCUCUGCCAGUCAUACGGAUUUCAGAGGACCAGAUUUUUGCAUCCAUGAACAUAGACCUGAUAAUUGAUGUAGUAGAAUCAGGUGAACUAAUACCUGUUGCGUGCAUCUCAUUGUUGGUUCGUGCCUCCGGUAUGGCUAAAAUCUCGGGGAACAACCUUAUGGGCAGCAUCGAUUUGAACGAUUUUGAUAUGUCAUUAAGGUGGAGCAAUAUUGGCAGUCUGAAUAUGCACCUAAUUCAGCCAGUUGUGUGGACUCUGAUUGAAACUACUUUGUUGCCGAAUGCAAACGUAUACUUGGGAAAGGGGUUACCACUGCCCAUCAUUCAUGGUUUCGCGUUUCAAAACGCCGAAGUAAUCAGCUCAAAUUCAAGAAUUACGGUGUGCAGCGACAUUUUAUGGACAGAGGAACGGAGUCCUGAUCAUCUUCACAGCUUGUUUAGGUAGAGAAGAUGAUAAUCUUCAAACUUUAUGUAAAAUACAGGCAAUUAGGAAGAAAGCAAGCUGUGUACUUUGAUUGAACCCUGUAAUGUAAUUCCUAGCCACCCUUCUACCAGCUUUGUAGGUGUGAAGUAUGUAAAGCUAAUGUUGUUCUUAAAGUAGUGGUUAGAGGAGGAAUUUGGUGGCUCCUCUUCUGAAUGUACUUUGAAGUUUGAACCCUGUAAUUUCUCCACGCUGGGUGUGACCACUGACAUUCCAUUUACCUGAUUUGUUCAUGUUUUCUUCACGAGGAGCAAAUAAAGAACGAACUUUUAUUUUACAAAUA